UUUGUCAAUGUAAGCAUUAUAAUUUGGCUGUAAAUAUUAUUGUGCUGCCAAAGUGAGAAAAAAAUUUGGUUGUAAAUUUUGAUCAUCUUAGCAAUAAGGGUAUAAGCGAUUAAUAUAUCACCAAGUAUGUGCGGAAUUUUGAGCGUUAUAAGAUUUAAUGAGGAGUCAUUAAUACCGCCGCACGAGAUACUGUUGUGGGAACAAACAACAGUUGAUGAACAAUUCCAUGUUUGGGAAACUACCGACACAAAUAAUUUUUUAGCUCAAGAUCACAAAUCAUCGCUUUUCCCAUUGUCAGAUGCAGAUAUAAAGAAAUUAAAUAAUUUGGAUAGAUUAAGACAAUUGAAUGUAGAGCUCGGCAAGUUGAACAACACUAUCAAGAAGAAACAUAAACUGCAAGAUAAUGAGAUCGAUGACAAAAUACGACUUAUCAAACUAGAGAUCGACCAGAUAGUGGGUGAAGAUGAACAAAGUACUUCUAACGAACAUAAUGAUAUUACUGAAAAAAAGAAUUUAUUUGAGUCAUUAAUAUACAGAAUAGCCAGUAGGGGUCCAGAUUACUUAAAUUAUACUAAUUUCGCUAAUAAGGGAAUCUCGUAUCAACUUUUCUCAUCCAUAUUAUCCUUACGACAACCAUUCACUUCACAGCCAAUAAUAAUCAGUCAUCGGUAUGUUCUUCAAUUCAAUGGUGAACUCUAUAAUGAUGAAUGUUUACUAGGUAAUGAUACUAAGUUCUUCAUGCAACUAUUAGAGCAUGCUAAUGAUUAUAACGAUAUCAUAAAAGCCCUUAAUGACCUAUAUGGAGAAUUUGCAUUUGCAUUAUAUGAUCUCCUUAAUGAAAAGAUAUAUUUCGGUAGAGAUCGAAUUGGUAAAAGAUCUUUGGUAUAUUCAAUAAUCCCUUCAAAAGCAUUGAUUUUAAGUUCUGUACCAUAUUCAGAAGAUCCAACUGUUGAAUUUAUUGAAUGUAAGAAUAACAUCUAUGACUAUAAUCUUCAAACUCAUGAUUUAACGAUUCACAAUUAUAAUGGCAUGGAUACGAUUUUUAAACCAUUAUCAUAUUCAAAAGAGGUAUUCUCUGAUUCUACGUACAUUCAAUCACAAAUUGAUAAAGUUUAUCAAGUAUUAAAAUCUUCAACUUUAAAACGUCAACUAUCAAUCCAUCCCUUACACCAUGAUCAAGUAGAUGAAGCAUCCCUAGCUAUAUUAUUCAGUGGGGGGUUAGAUUGUACUGUUAUUGCUGGUUUGAUAGCCGAGAAUAUACUUGAACAGAAGAUAGACCUGGAUCCGACUCAUCAUGUCAUUGAUUUAUUAACAGUUGGAUUUGAUAACCCAAGAACUAAUCAAUUAGCAGAUAAGAGUCCUGAUCGAGUGUUGGCAAAGAAAUCUUGGUUUCAUCUUCAAUGUAAAUAUCCAUCAAUACAAAUACGAUUGAUUGAAAUUAAUGUAUCCUAUGAGAAUUGGUUGAUUCAUAAACAAAGAGUAAUGGAUUUAAUGUACCCCUGUAAUACUGAGAUGGAUUUAUCGAUAGCAAUUGCCUUUUAUUUUGCAAGUUCUAAGAAUCUAGAAAAUAUAGCGACCAGGAUAGAAUUGAUAGAUAAGAGUAUUGACUAUGAAUCAUUUCUUAAAGAUGAAUCAUCGUACGUUAAAAGGACAGGUAAUUAUCAAUCAACUACAAAAGUUUUAUUUAGCGGACUAGGAGCUGAUGAAUUGUUUGCAGGCUAUAGUCGACAUGAAUCCAUAUUUCAAAACGUUAGUCAAACCACAAGUGACGAACAAUUGAGUGAGCUUUAUUCUGAAUUAUCGACAGGGUUAAUUAAUGAUAUUGAAAUUAUCCAUACCAGGAAUUUAGGAAGAGAUGAUCGGGUAAUUUGUUGUUGGGGGAAAGAAUUAAGAUACCCAUAUCUUGAUGAAAAGGUUAUCACCACAAUUGUAAAUGAAGUUGAACCAAGUUUGAAAUUUCAUUAUGAGUUCGAGUUAACGAGUCGUAAAAAUAAACCUGAUGUUAUUAGAUUAAAGCCAACAAGAAAAUAUUUAUUGCGUAGAGUUGCAAGUGAUAUCUUGGGUCUUGAAUGGGUUAAAGAUGAACUAAAAAGAGCUAUUCAAUUCGGAGCUAAAUCAGCUAAGUUAGAAAUAGGACAAAAUAAAAUUAAAGGUACUGCUGUAUUAUAGAUUGUUAAUAGAAGGAAAACAUAUAGACCU